AUGGAUAGCCGCGCCGUAAAUCCCCAAAAGACGCUCGUCACCCCGUUGUGGGUGUUUGGCAUCCGAAUCGCUCAGGUUGUCUUGUCUAUUGUCAUUCUGGGCAUGGCCGCCGCCUGGACCGACUAUGCGCUCUUCGACGCUCCCAGCCUCGCCAUUGCCGCCGCCGUCUUCACCUGGGUCGUCGUCGCCUACAUUCUCGUGACGGAAAGGAUUCCCGUCGCCAAUGCCUUUUACACCAUCUACGCAGUCAUUGCCCUGGACGCCUUCAUGUGCAUCAUCUGGCUGUCUGCGUGGGCUCUCAACGCCGCUCGUCGCGCCGAGCUGGGCAAUGUUGGCGGCCGCCGAGGUGGGCGCGGCCGGUUUUGCUACGAAGGCAUCUGCUACGACUACAAGAAGCGUUCCAUUGAGCGUCGCGCCAUGACCUGGCAGACUCUCAGCGGCCUUCUUGCCGGUGUCGCUGCUCUUGGCGCUAUUGCCUGGGUCCUCUUCAUUGUCACCCUCGUCUGGACAAUCAUGAACUUUCUCAAAGGACGCAAGGACGGCCGCUAUACCCUCGGCUCUUCCAGCACAGCCAAUGCCGGUCACAACAUGGAGGAGCAAAAGGUCCAGGGCCAGCAGCCGCCGCAGCAGCCCCAGCCGCCGCAGUCUCAGCAGCCCCAGCAAUAUGUCCAGCCCGAGUACAACGGCCAGCAGCAACAGGCAUAUCCUCAAUACCCUCAGCCGCCUGUUGAGGUCCAGACCCAAUACCAAGCUCCUCAAGUCGACACCCAGUACCAGCAGCCACAGCAGCCACAGCAGCAACACCCCCAAGACCCCAACCAGACAACUCCACAGCAGCAGCAGCAGCAACACCACCAGUAA